CUCUCUUUCACUCAAAGGUCAUAACAACUUCACCUUUAUCGCGAUACUCACUUUCCCUUGAGUGAGACCGGACGGAGCUUGUCAUCAGCCCUUUCUAACAAACGACAGGUCGCUUUACUCUGAAAGAAUCCUAUAAAGCGAUCCAUCCUCCUUCCUUUACGCGAUUCCUUCUCUCCCAUUCCUACGAAUCUCCUAGCAAAAUAUCCAAGAUGCCUGAAGAGUACGAUAUCAAAGACGAGCCCAGAGAGAGUCAAGAAGAUGGUGGUGAAGAAGAAGAGGAGAUCGCAGCCAUGAAGCGCCGCGUGGCCGAGAUGGAGUCAGAAGCAGCCAAACUGCGAGAGAUGCAGAGUCAACUCGAGUCACAAACCGACAGCGGCCCUCGAGAAGACCGAGAAGACGUGGAUGCACGGAGUAUCUUCGUCGGCAACGUGGACUACAGUGCUACACCUGAAGAGAUCCAGGAACACUUUGCAAGCGGACCGGGCACGAUAAACAGAGUCACAAUACUAUUGGACAAGUUCACCGGUCAUCCAAAGGGGUAUGCAUAUGUGGAGUUUUCAGAUGCCGCGUUGGUGUCGCAGGCAUUGGUUCUUAAUGAGAGCGUCUUUCGCGGCCGGAAUCUGAAGGUCGUUCCAAAACGUACAAACCUUCCUGGUAUGGGCCGAGGUCGUGGAAGGGGAGCCAACCCUGUGCGUGGAGGUGGAGGUGGUCGUGGAGGAUUCGGAGGCCGUGGCGGAUUUGGAGGGGGCUACGGCGGUGGUUACGGUAGCCCACGAGGCGGUCCGCGAGGUGGCUUUCGAGGUCGAGGUCGAGGCUAUGCUCCCUACUGAAGAGGAACGAUACAGCGCCACAGAUUCAUCUUCUCAGCGAGCACGUGACAGCAGUCGGUGUUGCAAAUGACCAUGCGGAAGGGGAACACGGGACAAGAUUGCCUUUGAGCUCUUCGACAUCUUGAUCAGCUGACCGGCGAGGGACAGGAUGGCUCAGAAUUCGACUCUGUUGAUCACACUGAUGGCUUCACAAUACAAAGGUUGGGAGAGAAAUUGGAAUUGAUACCUGGACUCGAAUUUAGGCACUACGCUGAGUGAAGCAGAAGAAGAAGAAUGUCCUGAUUGAUAGGCGAAUCUAUGGCAUUAAUAAUGUCCGAUAAACAUGGCCACAGUAGUGUCGUAU